CUGUUUUGAUAUUUUUUUUGGAGGGGCUGUUUCGUUUCGCUAUCGUAGCUAGGAGAGAUACAAGCCAGAUAUCUGCAAUGAAACGCUAUCACUUUACUAACAUGUAGGCUGUUAAAAAACAAGACUGAUACAACUAGUGAUACCGACAUAACUACCGUUGUGCUUUGGAGGUUCCAACUGUUUUUGUGCUUGUGGGAUAUGGCACUGAGUUCUGGCGGUUGGGGUAAACCGCCUGUGCCAGCCCCGUCCCAGUCUGUACAUGGCGGGCCCGCGCUGGCUAACUGCAAUACCGUUUUGAUGUCGGUACGGGUGUCGGUUUGCCAUUCGGGUAUUCGACCGCUUUGCCUCCCUGGAGCUGGCGAUGAGGCUCUCCGUCUUCAACUUAGCAUGGACCCCAGCAAAGCUGGAGAGUUUCGGCUAGCACUGAGGGACAUUAGCGGAAGCGGCCGUAGUGUGUUCAUUGCAGAGUUUGACCUGCGCUCUGUGCAGUAUGAGAUCAAGUCCCCAUGCCUUCACGAGAUGCGCUUGGCCACGCCCCCUCAUGACUGUAUCCGCUUCAACUUCCGCUGUGACCUGGAGGCUGAGCAGUGGGCCACUGUGGUGAUGUCAUCACUAAGAGAGGCACACAGAGUUGCUGUAAAUAGUUCCCCACAUCCUAUGGAUGACCGACAGCAGCACGCAGCAGCAGCUCUAGAACAGCGCAGCACAGCCUCCUUACCACUCACUGAGGAGCUGUGCUUGGAGCUUGCCCGGGCGAUCGAGGCAGGUGACAGCCAGGGUGCUGCUCAGCACGCGUCUGCUCUAGCUCGUCAGAAGGCAGUGCUCACUAUCCAACUGUCUGAGAAGAGUUACGCCGAAGGAGAGAUAAGUUUGUCUGUGGCAGUGGAAGACAUCUCCUCUUCCUGUUGCGUCACAGUGAAAGUCUUUCCCCACAUGACUGUCGCAGCACUCAAGCAGCAGGUGUUUUUGGAGUAUGGCUUUCACCCUCGUGUGCAGCGCUGGGUGAUUGGACAAUGCCUGUGCACAGAGCCUAGGUCCCUGGCCUCGUAUGGGGUCCAGAGGGAUGGGGAUACGGCCUACCUUUACUUAGUCUCAGCCCGCCAUGCCCGCCUCACCCGCCAGCUAUUCCAGCAGGACCAGGAGGGUGCCCACCUCACCCCACCUCCGCCUACCAGCAACGGGCCUCUUUCCCAGGACUGGAGGGGCUACAGCACCCUGCCCUCCAGGCUUAGCCACAACACCCAAGGGAGCACCGGAAGUGGGGCCGAGAGGUUGGGUACGAGCGAGAUCCGAGACGCCCUCAACCUGGAGACGCUGCAUCUUAAAGAUAAACCUGAUAAGCCCAGCAAAGCCAGUAAAACACAGACCGAAUGGGCGUGUCCCUCCUGCACCUUCAUCAACAAGCCUACCCGACCAGGCUGUGAGAUCUGCAGUACAGCCAGACCUGACUCACGCAAGCACAGCCGCAUACAACAGGAGAAAGGAAGAAGAGAGGAGCAGAUCAGUGCAUUGAGCAGUUAACUGCCUCAACCGUAACCUAUACAAUAAUCUGGAAGACUGAUCACUCACACACCAACUUAGAGCUACAAACCCACCACCACUACUGACAUACUAUGAUGACAAACCUCUGGACGCUGCAGCACAGACAUGGAACUCCACUUGCUGAGGCUCACAAAAGGAACUACCUGUAUAGUCAAUGAGCUGGCUUUUGACUCUGUGGACAUGAGUCAGCAUCCUUUGCCUUGUGGCAGACUUUACCAUUUAUUUAUUUUACAUAGGGAUGGGGGGGACUAGUCCAAUAUUUAUUUUAGAGGGGUGGGUGGUGCUUCUCUCAUCCCUCUACCUGAUAUAUCUCAGAUGAGAUAAUAUUAUAUAUAUUUGAAGUUGGCCAACUGUGAAAGUUGAUACUUUGAAAGCUGAAAAAAGCUGUUUUUAAAACCAGGGCCUGUAUUUAAACAGUCUCAGAGUAGGAGUGCUGGCUGUCCCAACCCCCCAAAAAAUAUUGGUCGACCGAAAGUAGUCUGUUCUUUCGACCAAUCGAUUGGUAAAAAAAGAAGAAAAAAAAAUCCAUAUAUAGACACACCCUAUGUGUUUUAAUAAAAUCAACUAUUUUCACUGAGCUUGUCUGCUGCUUUUAAUGGCGCUGCCAGGUAGCCUUGGUUGACUUCUAUGCGUAAUCAGGUGCAUGUCUUUGGAAUGAAAUAAACCUAAACUAGUUUCUCACAAGUGGUUGUGCGCUCUGCAAACAGUGUCCACUUUGACAACGAGAACAGUAAAAGACUAAUAAUAAUGAAUGCAUUCACAGAAACUACCGUAAAUAAAUUAACGGUAAAUGUACUACUGGUGAUACGGGUGUGCCAUCCUCGCGGCCUCCAAUGGAUCUGUACAUUGAGACAGGCGUGAAUCAGACAGGUCUUGUGUGCCAUAAAAAAUACAUUUGACUGCUCGACUAAAAUCUUGGUCGCCCAAACAAUCGACCAGUUGACUAAAUGGGGUGAGCCCUAUUAGGAUCAGAUUAGAUCAUAAUUAAAUCAACAUGGGGGACCUGAUCCUAGAUCAGCACUCCUACUCUGAGACAAUGAGGGGAUUUAAUAAAUGCCCCCGGUGAACCGGGUAAGAGUUAAUUGCGUUCGUGUUGGAACCGAGCGUGAGCCAGGUGCCCUGCUUUUGACGGUGAAGUCAGCUCAAAGCAACCAUGAUGUAGGUUAAGCAGGUGGGGUAAUGAGUAGGCUUCUGUGUUUUCACAUGCAAACAUGAUUGCGUGGAUAAAAAACACUGACAAUGAAAACUAGUUAAAUUCAAACUGGUAUUUUAUGUAAAAGAUGUUUCUGAACGAUGCCUUGUUGACAACAUGACCGAGCGGCGCAGAUUGCUGUUUGAUUUGAGAUUGGCGCUUCUCACCGCUUUUGCCUGUUCAUGGUUCAGCUUAAUCAGGCACCCUCAGUGUGAAUACAGGCCCAGGUCUUGUCUGUCAUUGGUUGGUGUCAUAUUGUUUUAUAGGAGAGGAAUUGCUUGCUAGGAGGCUGUGGAAGUGACAGGGUUUUAAAGUGCUUUUAUUUUUAUAACAUUGUAUUUAGUGUUUAACAAAAUGUUUGGCAAUGUUAAUGUUGACGUGUAAUGCGUUUCACCUACUUUCCAAUAAGUUUCUGUCUGGACUGAUAGUGAAUGUUUUGUUUUGUCAGAAACAUGACUGUAUAAAAUGGUGUUAACUGAAUAAACGUAAGUUAAUCAA